UGGGAGGGCAGUGGGAUGUCCCAGGGUUAUCUACAAAGGUCUAGCUUUCUUGGGGACAUUUCAGCUGCAGCCUGGAAGAGUGCGCCUGGUCGAGAAGCCCUGAGUCAGGGGGCGGUGGAAGGGGCAGGAGGGCCCACGGAUUCCCGCGCCCGCGCGUUCCCUAGGAGUCGCCAUGGCAACGGACGCCGGGUUCUGGACUCCGACUCCCCGGAUCCCGCAGCUCCGCGGGAGGCGCACGGCCACCUCCGGGGCUCCGAUGGAGAGCUGGGGCGACUCGCCCGAGACAGAAGAGUGCCGAAAGAUCUUCGACCUCCUCGAGUCCACGAUUCAACAAUUCCAGUUCAAUUCCAGACUUAACAUUUCAGAUGAUUUGAAGGUUGGCUUUUUCAGCACAGACCAUGCUACUCAAACGGAUUCCAGCGAAAUUUUUCCUUUAAAAGAGUUGAGUUCCUGUACACAAAAGCUGGUACAGGAAACUAAAUCUCUUCAGGUGGAUUUUGGAUUCCUCAAACAAUUGGUUCAAUUGAAAUUUGAGGACCGUCUUAAAGAGGAGUCUUUCAAUCUCUUCACUGUUCUACAUGACAGGAUCCUCGCAAUGGAAAGCCAUUAUCAACAGAAUGAGGAUAGCAUAAGAAAAUGCUAUAAUCAGCAGUUGGCUGAUGCCAUAGCUGUCGUCAAAGGAAUGUACAAGAAAUAUUUUGAGGUGGAGGAAGAGCAGACUUCUAUGCAAGACACGAUGGCUGUCAAGAUGAAUAUUUUGUUAAGAAAACUAAAGGAGAGAGAUGAAAUUAUUAGGGAAUUACGAGAGGAGCUGGAGCUGUAUGAAGAAUUUGGAUUCCAAAGAUGUGAAUCUCUUAUCAGAGACAGCAGCGGGGCAAAAACACCUCUAGAAAAGGAAGCUGUGGAUUACAAAGCAGAAAAUGAGAGACUGCUUCAACUUGUUUCAGAACUCGAAGAAGAACUGCAACUCAAUCAAAAAGAAAAUUCAACGUUAGAAGAUGAAAUUAUAAGUCUGAAAGAGAUCGCAGAAAAGGAUCAUAAAACUAUUCAAAGGUUAAGGGAUGGUAGAGACAGACUACUGUAUGAGCUUGAUUUUGAAAAAUCGUUAGUUCAAGACAUGAUGAACAAGCAGAAAGAGGACAUGGAAACAAGAAGGAAGCUUGAGGGUCUAAGCGUAAAGAGCAUGAGAUCAGCCAAGGGGAAAGAAAUCACUUUGCCCUCCUCCCAAACCGGGACUCAAUUCAGCAAAGGAACCAUUUCAAGGCCACACUCUGCCUCCAUCAGUUCAUCGUCUGCUAGGACCAAAAAAGCUAAGACACCAAAGAAGUCUUCAAAGGAAGAGGAGCUUGUGGACUUUCUAACUGCUAUGCCCAGAGGUAGUUCCGGCUCGGGCUCCGGCUCCAGAACCCGCUCCAGACUUAGAUCCAGAGGCUCCAAGGCAGAGUCCAGGCGGCCGAGUCUGGUGACAGAUCAAGAGAAGGGAGAGGUGAUUAAAAAUGCACAUAAAGAAAAGAAGGUGAAAGAACCAGAGAUUAUGGCUGCAAGCAAACAUUCUCUGGAGGAGGAAAUAGAAAUAUUAAAGGCCAAUUUAGAAAAUGAGAAAAAGAAGUCAGAAAGGUUUAGGAAGGAAUCAGAACGGAUAAACAAAAGUUGGGAAAGGAAAUUCUUUGUUCUCAGGAACAGCUUCCAUGCCCUUAAGAACGAGAUGUUUACUAGACACACAUUGUUUCGUCAAUUUGCAGUGGUUGCUGACACAUCUUUCAAUUAUGUUAAAGUAAAACCUUUAUUAGUGCAGUCUAAAGUGAACCUGGCAGAAUCUACAACUUCUGUAAAUGAUUUUCAUGGAGCUUUGAUAGAAAACAAGUACCUGGACAUAGACGGUGAUCAGAUAGCCUUUGUGUCUUCAACAAAAGCGAGGUUGUCAGAAACCCUGGAAAAAGAGGCUUUAGUGAAGCCAUCGAUACCACAGAACACCCCGGUGAACGACAUGGAUGCUACUGAGUAACGGGGCAGACCCCUGGGCUGCGCAGAGUGGGACCACAGAAAGAGGGCCCUCGCCAUCCUGGCUGUGGGGCCUGCCUCCCCGGCGAGGGAUACCAUCUCCAAGGCGUUUCUGAAACAACUGUUCCGUCUCUCCGGAUGAUGUACGCUAACGCGAGCGCAGCUCUUGAGAACGCGAAGCGCGCCCUCUGUGCGCACCUUUCUGGGCCCUGAAAGACACCUUGCUCGCUGCUGCUGGGGGAGUGGGGCGCACGGAUCCUGAAGGGCCGCCAAAUCCAUGCCGGCGUUCCCCAGGCUCAGCAGUGUGCCCCGGUGCCUUAUGGUGGGAAGGAACGGA